ACGCCACUAGGGGUGGGCCGAAGAAGGGCGCAAGCGCACUGCGUUCCGAGUCUCGGGACCCUUUUCGAGAGACUAUGGCGCUCAACAAGAAUCACUCGGAGGGCGGCGGAGUGAUCGUCAACAAUACCGAGAGCAUCCUGAUGUCCUAUGACCAUGUAGAACUUACGUUCAGUGACAUGAGGAAUGUGCCAGAGGCCUUCAAAGGGACCAAGAAAGGCACCAUCUACCUUACCCCGUACCGGGUCAUCUUUCUGUCCAAGGGGAAGGAUGCCAUGCAGUCCUUCAUGAUGCCGUUUUACCUGAUGAAGGACUGUGAGAUCAAGCAGCCUGUGUUUGGAGCAAACUACAUCAAGGGAACAGUGAAGGCUGAAGCAGGAGGUGGCUGGGAAGGCUCUGCAUCGUACAAGUUGACCUUUAUGGCAGGGGGCGCCAUCGAAUUUGGACAGCGGAUGCUGCAGGUGGCAUCUCAAGCCUCCCGAGGUGAAGUCCCCAACGGAGCCUAUGGUUACUCUUACAUGCCCAGCGGGGCCUAUGUCUUCCCCCCACCAGUCGCCAAUGGAAUGUACCCCUGCCCUCCUGGCUACCCCUGUCCACUGCCCCCAGCUGAGUUCUAUCCGGGACCUCCCAUGAUGGACGGGGCCAUGGGGUACAUGCAGCCCCCGCCGCCGCCCUACCCUGGGCCCAUGGAGCCUCCAGUCAGCGGCCCUGACGUCCCCUCCACUCCUGCAGCUGAAGCCAAGGCCGCGGAAGCAGCCGCCAGCGCCUAUUACAACCCAGGCAACCCACACAAUGUCUACAUGCCCACGAGCCAGCCUCCGCCACCUCCUUACUACCCCCCAGAAGAUAAGAAGACCCAGUAGACCGCUCACACCCCCUCCUCCCCCCUCUCUUUGCUCUUUCCUUCCCUCCCCUUGGGGCUGAGUCUGGGGUGGGGGCCGGGCCUCGUCCCUUUCUCCAGGUCUGAUUAUAAAGCAGUCACCAGAAAC